CCGCUCGAGUCCUUCACCGCUUUCCACUACCACAGACUGUACAACUGAAGCUAGCGAGGAUGGAACAGCACACAGAACACACCCCUCUGCUAGACUCCGAGGCGGCGAUACCGCCCACCGACUCAGAAACCGCAAGUUUGAAAUGCGGCCCGAACUACCAACGCUUUACACCAGCGCGAAAGCGGGUCAUCGUCGCUCUAUCCGCUUGGGCCGCUGUCAUUCCAAUGCUGGCGUCAAGUUCGUUCGUGCCAUCAAUACCUCAGAUUGCCCGUGAUCUCGGGACAACGGGCGAAGUCAUCAGCCUUGCAGUGAGCCUCGCAUUGGUCUCAGGGUCGGCGGGCAGCCUUCUUUGGGCCACAUACUCGGGUUCUUAUGGACGACGUACAAUAUAUCUCUUGUCGCUGCCGCUUCUCUGUCUUGGCUCCGCAGGCGUUGCCACAUCAAAAUCUGUCCCUACGCUCAUGUUCUGGCGUGUCGUGCAAUCACUCGGCGCGUCGAGCGGCAUGGCAGUUGGGUGUGGCGCUAUUGCCGACGUCUACAAGUCUGAAGAGCGCGGUACCGCGAUGGGCAUCUUCUUCGCAGCAUCGCUCUUUGGUCCUGCGAUCGCGCCACUAUGUGGCGGCGUGGCUACGCAUUACUUCUCAUGGCGCUAUGGCCAAUGGGGGCUGUUUGUCUUGGGUCUCCUUGUGCUUAUCCCGGUGUACUUCUGCCUCCCGGAGACGCUAGACCCGGAAAAGCGUCGUAGGUGGGGCGCCACCGAGGAGUCCAAGAAGCCUAUAUUCUUGAACCCGUUCAAGAGCUUGGGUUUGCUUCGCAGUCCGAAUAUGGUUGUUGUUGCGUUGGUGGGGACGACGGCGAUGGUGACGAACUUCGUGCUCAUGAUACCGUUGGCGUAUACCAUCGGAAAGCAAUACAACAUCACGAAUGAGGCGAUAAUCGGCGCCUUCUUCCUCCCAUCUGGUCUGGGAAACAUGGUUGGUGCAUCGCUCGCCGGCCGUAUGUCCGAUCGAAUGGUCGUUAAAUGGCGGAAGCGGCGUGGGCCGGACGUCUGGGUUCCCGAGGACCGCCUGCGCGCGUGCCUCUGGGGCGCGGGCGUAUUCGUACCGCUGUCUGUGCUUCUGUCUGGCUUGACGACCCAGUUCGUGCCUGGGACACUCGGAAUCGUCCUCAACCUUGUCUGGCUGUUCAUGAACAGUAUCGGGAUCAACAUCGUGCUUACCCCGUCCCAAUCAUACUAUAUCGACAUAUGGCACUCGCGCAGUGCGGAGACGACGGCUGCCAGCGGGACGUUCCGCGGCGUCAUCAUUGCGUCCGUCACUGCAGGCAUCCUCCCGCUCAUCAACGCGAUCGGCGUCGCCGCGACCGGGGCCAUUUUCGCGGGUGUUGCCUGGAUCGGAUUCGGGUUGACUUUCUUCACGAUCAAGUAUGGCGACCGAAUGCGCGCGUCCGUCGAUGUCGGGUAUUCGACGGCGCGCGAUAACUGAUGAUAUGCUGCCCGCGACUGAGGGCUUCGUUCUCUUCACUAUAAUUUAUCAUGGUUGUUUACGCACGCAUAAUCGGACACGAGCUAUAUAAUCCAGGUACUGUAUCAUACUGUAUUUUUUACAAUUCCAUAAUAUCAUGACGCGUUUUUAUGCGUGGUUUUUCU